UCCUGGGGAGUGUCUGAAGGCCUGUCAAGUGACUGUUGAUCGUACACUUUUCUAUCGUUUUUAUCAAUAACAAUUAUGGAUCCCGCGGUCUUCCCGGAGGAGAUUUGGAUUAAGAUUUUAUUAUAUUGCGACGUACCUGACAUUAUCGCGUUCGGCAGCACCUGCAAGUAUCUGAGGAAAACGUCGGACACGGAUUACCUGUGGAAGAUGAAAUGGCUGCAGCUGAUCUCAAAGGUGCACUUCAGAUUCCCGGACAUAAAAUGCUUGCAAUUGCUCAGCGUCAGCUUCAAAGCCAUGUGCUACAGGCUGCACAUGGUGAUAACGUUGGGGGAGAACGUACCCUUCCCGAAGUGUUACCACUGCAGCGGUUACACGUGCCAGAGAAACUGCGUCGAGGGCUCCAGCGCCAAGGUGGUGAUCGAGAUCGGCAACAAGUACACCUGGGUCAUCACCCCGUACUUCGGACUCAGGCGACACUUCUCCAUGUUCGGCAUUCCCAAGUACAACAAUAAGACCCACGUGGAGCAGACGCAGACGCAGAACGUGCCGAGCAGCAGCACGCGCGCCAAGUCCGACACCAAGUCACUGGCGAAGAGAUUGAAGCUGCUGAAGCUGCCGGAAUUGACGACCGUUAAGAUACCACGGCCGAGCGGGCCGUUCUGCGUUUUCUGCAAUCCCGUCAAGCUAUACAGGGAGAAGCGAAGGUUGACCACACAUCAGAAUGAUCCAAUGUGCUACACCAGGCCAAAUCCGAUAUAUCAGAAGCUUAUAAACGGUUACUGCACCGACACGGUGGAAGUGCUCGGUAUUCCAAACGUGGACGUUGUCAGCCCGGCGGAGGCCUUGCUGUGCGAGGGCACGUUUCCGGUUCUCAAAACGUUUAUCGAUCACCUGUUCCAUCAGAUGAGCCUGACGGCCACGCUUAGAAAGCCGAAUACCGUACUCAUGUUUUGCGAACCGUUGGCAAUGCAUCCCACUUUGAGGAAACAGUUAUUACAUUAUUUAUUCCAAGAGGUUAAAGUAGCGAGAGUAUGCUUGGUACCGAAGCCUCUAGCAGCAUGUGCCAUGUUAGACGUGGAAACCUGUGUGGUAGUCGAUAGCGGUGCUUUGAGUACAACAGUGGCUGUCGUAAUUGGAGGACGGGUAAUGCCACAGCGCUGGAGACUAUUGCCCGUGGGUGGUUGGCACGUUGCCUACCACUUGAAGCAAGCUAUGUACUGGCAACCGAAAGAAUAUCAUCAAAUUCCUAUAUCCUACCUAGACAUUUUGGCUGUUAAAGAAAGGUGUAGGCUGAGUUAUAAUAUUAAGAACGAAGAGAAACGUCUGGGACAGAAGGCGAGGGAGCAUAUUAAUCUUCGAGUUGACAGCUAUGCGGACUAUAAACAAUUUUGGAGAGUCUCAUUAGGACCAGAGUUGUACAUAGCCCCUGAAAUGAUGUACAUCAGUUUGCGUUUGCCCGAAGUUAUAAAGGAUGUAACGUCAGGAUUACCGGAAGAUAUAAUGCACGAUUGUCUUUCGCAUAUUUUACUUACUGGUGGGAAUACAGACCUUUCGGGUUUCGAACUGCGGCUUACUAAGGAUCUACGUGAGCUGUUGCCGGAGCAUAGCAAGAUUUUGGAGGUGAAAAGCUGUCCUGGUACACAUAGUUGGAACGUCGCGAUGGGAUCUACAUAUGUGCCUUUAGCUGUGCAUCCUGAUAAAACUCCACCGGAAUAUAUUGAAGGUAAUCCAUUUUGGUUAUCACGAGAAGAAUAUGUAUUGUUUGGAUGUGAAUCUCUGGAACACAGUAACGAGGACAUAAUAAGUGAUGCCUUAUAAUAUGAAUGCCUCACUUAUUAAGCAACCGUAAGAUGUGCGCAUAUAUUAAUGUAUGAUGACAGGAAAGUAAAUGUUACCAUCUUUAAGUAUAUUUUCUCUUAUAUUGUCUAUAAAUUGGAAAAGUAAUUUAGAUAAUUGAAGGGGCCUGAAACACAUUCCAAAAUAUAACUCAUGUUCACGCUAUUUAAGGGCACCUAAAUGUGUUUUUCUCAAAUUUUGCUAUUUAAAAUUUAUUUAAUAGCAUAGUAUGUAUAAAAUAUAUACCAGAUGUUCCAUAUUGAACGUACAGAGAGUAUAAUCUCUGAGAUGAGAAGACGUAAAAGUUUUUAUCUUGUGUUAUUAAUUUUAUGUUGAAUAUAUUUUAGUUAGUCCUUUUAACAAUUUAGAAGUAAGUAUUUAUAGCCAAUUUGGCUAGGAAAAAAAAUAUAUAUAUACACAUAAUAUAUUCUGAUUAUAUUAUAUAUGUAGUAUUAUAAAAUAUAUUUAUAUAAGUCAAAUUUUCGUAAUGAACUAUUUUUUAUGUUUUGUUUUACAUUUACGUUAUGAAUUACCUUUUCAUAAUGAACUGUUUCGUCUUGUUUUAUCUCGCAAAUUAAAAGGGACAUCUUGUAUAUAUGUUCUAAAACUGCCCCUAUAUUAACUUUGAAACUUAUGGCAUUUAAAUUUCCACAUAUUAAAAAGAAUUCAUUAUCUAUUAGUAUUUUAGGAUAUCAUGGAGCUUUGUACAAAGCUAAUUAAUAUGCCAGUUGCAAUGUACUUUAUCAGUACAUUCGUUAUUAAUUCUAUCAGGAUUAUCAUCCAGCACCUGAUAUCGUUCAGUGCAAUAUUAUAUGUUGAUGGCAUAAAUGUUUUAAAAGUUGCAAUACAAGAUUUUAGUGCCAUCUGAGCAUAUUUAAAUUAUAAAACUAUUUACUUUCAUGUACAUAGCACAUGCAAUGAAUUGUUUUGUAAAUAUAGGGUAAAAGCUGCUUAACAAAGCUGCUUAAAUUUAAAAUGUACAGAUCAUUAUUAUAUAAACGAUAAACGUCAAGCAAGUAUUAUAUAAUGCUAGAUAUAGUAUUUCCAGAAAUUGUUCACUAUUUCGUACAUUUAUAUCACAGAAAUCUUGCCAAAAGAAGUAUGUGUAUGUUAAAACAAAGAGAAAAUAUAGCAACAUUUCUAGUCACUUUAGAUAUUGAUAGCUUUUAAAUAUAGGUUCAGUGAAGCAAGAGAUUUUUCUUCCAAGAUGAAGUAAAUAAUCGCACUAGCGACAUGUAAUAAAUAAUAAAAAGAACAAUGAAUCUUUAGAUUAUAUGUUCAUGAAAUAUAUGGAUAUUGUUAUAUUUUUUUGUUAAUGAUAUAGAGUAUAAUUUUAUGACUAAGUUAAGACAUAAUUAUUGAUAUGAUUACUCAUAAGAUAUUUCAUUAAGAGACUGUAAUGAAUUUGAUAGCUGUAAUUAGAGCACAUAUUGAGAUGAGUUAAAUUAUUAUUUAGAUAAGAAUAUGUAAUAUGUAGCUAGUAUAAAGCAAUUAUAAAAAAAAUAGUAUUGUAAAUGCUAUGUUAUAACUGACGUUUGUAUUAAAAAAAAUAUCUAUCUAAAUUAUUAUUGUGUUAGCUACUAGAACUCUAUCAGAGAAAACUUACUUAUAGGUGUUCACAUGGCUUCAAUUCUGUAAAAUGCUAAAAUGUAAGUAUAAAACAUUAAAUAUGUUACACAACACAAAGAGAAGAGAGAGUAGUUUAUAAUGCGUAAUAUAUAUACAUGCUGCUAUAUCCCGUUUUCACUUCACUUCAUAAUGUGAAAAUUUUGCAUCUUUAAUAUAUUUCAAGCUCCUAAUAGACAUAUAUUACUUAUAAUACAAUACAAUCUUUGAAAUUAAAUAAGGGAAGUAUAUAUUUACUUGACUCGUGCAAAAUAUUUCUUUGCAUAUACAUAGUACCUCAAUGUUGGUCAUUUUGCUCUUAGAGAUUUUUUUUUUAGUGUGAUAGUAAGAUCGUUUAAAUGUUCAAGUCAUGCACAUGCAUUCAAUAGUAAUAUGAGUCUAACAAGAUAUAAAAAGAUAUUGUCACUUUCCAUGACAACUCACACCUUUGCAACGAACGGAGAACUUUAGUGUUUACCGUAUUUGAAAAAUGCAGCACUGCAAAAACUUUCCAUUAUGUUAAAAAUAUAUACAAAAAUUGCGUAUAUAUAAAUAUAUAAAACUCGCUGUUGCUUGUGGUUCUGUUAUUUAUAAGAGAUGUACAACGUGUAAAUAAAUCUUUUUCAGAUA